AUGGCGGCCGCCUGCAGCACCGUCGUACCGGGGUCCACAAGUACGCGCUUGUCAUCAACAAACACCUGCAACACGAACAAGGGUGGGAGGGUAGGCUAUCUGGAGAUGGCAGCUGAGUACAGUGUGGACAUAGACAUUGACAUUGAUUGGCCAAUCGCGGAGCAGCGAGUCCUGCGGUUUGGCUACUUUGGUAAAGAGAAGAGGCAGGCACCAUGUCUGAUGGUGGUGAGUGCUGAAGGUGCGCUGACUGAGGCACAGGUCCAUCUCUCGCCAACUGGCGAGGAAUUCCGCUCCUUCAACGUCCACGACAUCAACGGUAUGAGACAGCUGGCCAGUAGGGGUGUGGAGGUGAGGAUCAUCUCAGAGGAUGAAAGUGAGGUUCACCGUCAACUGGCAGGCAAGAUUGGCUGUAAGCUAGAGGAGGGCUGCAUGGACAAGCUGGCUGUUGUAGACUCCUGGAGGAAGGAUCUGGGUCUGGACUGGCUACAGGUGGCAUAUAUAGGGAGUGAUGAAAGUGACUCAGAGUGUAUCAAGAAGGCAGGGGUGAACGGCUGUCCAAUGGAUGCCCAGCAUCCUGCCAAGAACUACUCACGAUUCGUCUCCAAGCGGCGCGGUGGUCAGGGGGCCAUCCGAGAGUUCUGUCAGCAUGUGGAAAUUACCAUUGAGAAAGCAAAUAAUGAAAAUAAGCCAAGACCAGAAUAGACGACAUUCUCUUAAAGGCAUCCAGUGCAGUUUUUAGGGCUUGGAAACCCGAUUUUUCAAAGUCAAUAUUCUAGUCACUUAUCU